CAAUGGGCGUGGUCUCGCGGAGAGGCGGGGCCGGUCAGCGAGGUGCCGGUUCCGCGUUGCUCACUCGCCAUGGCGGCCGCCUGCGCUCCCUUGGCCGGGGAUCUGCGCUCACAACUCCUGGCUUCGGUGGACGCGCUACUGUUCGACUGCGACGGGGUGCUGUGGAGAGGGGAGAGCGCGAUCCCCGGCGCGGCACAGCUGGUGAACCGGCUACAGGAGUGUGGCAAGCUGGUCUUCUUCCUCACCAACAACAGCACCAAGAGCCGAGAGCUGUACGUGGAGAAGCUGCAGCGCCUGGGCUUCCGUGCGCACUGUCAGCAAAUCUACGCCACCGCGCCCUGCGCCGCCCUCUACCUGCGGCGGGAGAUCCAGCUCUGCGGCUCCGUCUACGUGAUCGGUGGCGCCGCCCUCCGCGGCGAGCUGCAGGCCCAGGGUAUCGUCUGCUCUGGUCCCGGCCCUGAGGUCACACCCGGGACCUUGCAGGUGUGGGCCACCGAACCCCUCGACCUCACCGUGGCCGCCGUGUUAGUCGGCUUCGACGAGCAAUUCACUUAUCUGAAACUAUGCCGGGCCUCUCGCUACCUGCGGGACCCCGCAUGCUUCUUUCUGGCCACCAACACCGACACCCUGCUCCCUCUGGAGGGCGGCGGCAUCCCGGGCACAGGCUGCUUGGUGAAGUCUGUCGAAGCAGCAUCAAAACGCACUGCUUAUGUCAUCGGCAAACCCAAUGAUUUUAUGUUCAAGUGCAUUGUAAAUGAGCAUGGCAUUGACCCAAGCAGGACGGUCAUGAUCGGAGACCGGCUGGAUACCGACAUUCUCAUGGGGUCAAAUUGUGGCCUCCGCACCAUUCUUACCCUGACAGGGGUUUCCACCCUAGAAGAGGUGAAGGCUCAUCAGGAAAGUGAUUCCCCAGAACGCCACAAGUUGGUCCCAACCUACUAUGUGAAUAGUGUGGCUGAUUUACUCCCAGGACUUGAAUGACAGAUCAGGACCUACUUAUAUUUAUGUCCUGUACAAUCAAGUAAUAUUCUGAGUACCUCAGUGCAAUAAUACGUUUUAAAUGCUUUGUGCAUAAUUUAAGUGGUCAGUAAUGAUUUUGUGCUAUUUUUGUUAGGAAUUUGACAGUUAUAAAUGACAAAUGACAGUUUAUAAAUACGUUACUGCCAAACCUGAUGCACUUCAUAAUAUUUGACUAGAAAACAGUAAGUUACUAUAACAGUAGGCAACAUCAUAUCUGUAAGGGAUAUAUUAUGCACUAGGCACAGGUUAAUUGGCUUGGGAAAUGUAAAAAUUGUCCCUAAUGGGCGUAGGAUAGUGUUAAUGUGCAGGGAUCGCUGGUCGGCACAGACCCGGUGUGCCGAAGGGCCUGUUUCCGCACUAUCUCUAAAAUUAAAAUGCUAGUCUUUCAAUGGCAUAUAUUGAAAAUAAAAUACUAUUUCUUUCCCAUCAGACUGCUGUACCAUCUGUCUGCUACCAUGAAGUGCAAUGUCCCGGCUUGUAGUGUAUAUAAUGGUAACUGUAACUUGAACUGAGCAAAAUGUUUCAUGUGAUAUGUUCAAUAUCUUAUCAGUCUCGUGAAUACGUGCAAGUAUGCGCAGUGUACUUAUGCAAAAUAAAGAAGACCCACACUGGCAACAGCGUAUAC